GUGGGACGAUGCUCCCCACUCCUUCCAGAAAAAGGCAUUCUCGCGUAUUCGUAUCGGAUCGUGUACAUCAUUUGCUUGUCAUUUCCACAACUUCUGGUGAAAAAAAGCCUACUACUAUUAAUAUCCCCAGAAGCUCUGGAACAAGCGACUACAUAAGAUGGCCGUUCCAUCCCAAUCACCCGUUGACCAUCCCCAUCCACUCCCGACUCACAGUUGAAGCCCCUACGCCUGGAUCGAGGUGAUUCAUCCAAUGCCUCUCACAGUCUGUAUAAUAGACCAGCAGCCAUGCUAUUCUGGAAGCGAAACAAUAAGAGGCCGCAUAACCUUUCAGACUCCCAAGCCGGUCGACAUCCAAGACAUUCGAGUGACGUUCUCCGGAUGUGCAAAGGCAAAGGUGCAGAAGGUCAAGGGAUCUGCAGCCCCCACAACCAGUUAUCGAAGUAAAUGCAUGCUUUUCGAGAAGGGGAAAAUUCUCUGGCACCCGAGCGGCGACACCAUUGCCCCUGGCACAUACGAGUGGCCGUUUGAAUUUGCCUUCCCGUCGCAAGUCCUCUCUGCGUCGUCGCGAUGGCCCGAAGCGCUUCCUUUCCGCAGCGAUGCAAAUCAUCCGUUGCCGCCGACCUUUGCCGUCAAAACCGCGGACGCUUUACGGAAAAUUAAAUGCACCAUCGACUACCAGAUUCAGGCACAAGUAUUUUCGCCGCAGCGGGGGUUUCUGGGCAGGAAGUCACCGCUGUUUUCUGAAGUCGUGCGAUUGAGAUUCAUACCCGGCUCGGCUAGAUUGGACGUGAAGCGGGAGGGCAGCUCUGCAGCAUAUCAGCAACAAAAAGAGCAAGUGUUCAACCUUCGAAGCAUGCUUCUACUUCCAGAAAACAGGGGGAGGAGCUUGAAACUGCAGGAGAGGAUUCAGUCCUGGUUUUCAUCCAGUCAAUUGCCCCGGUUCAUCUUCAAAGCGACUUUUAUAUACCCUUCUCGAGUGAUCCAAUCCACGCCACUCCCGUGCAUCUUAGAGAUCACACCUUUUAUGGAGGACUCUUCCGUCACGUCUCCUCCAGAGAUCUUGCUGCAGUCUUUGUCCGUCGCCGUGCUCAGUCAAACUGGUGCUCGAGCUGCCCCAUCGCUGAUGGGCGCACUAUCCGGACAAGUAGACGAGCGGAUCGAGAUAUUAUCCAAGUCCUCUCUUGGUAUGCCAGUUUCAGGGACAGUGGACCUGGCGCAGGCGUUUGGUCCUCUUGUAUUCAGACAUACGGACGUAUCCUUUGGCACAUUCAACAUCAGCCGAACUUAUCGAUUGUCGGCAUCAUUUGUUUUUGAAUGUGCGGGAAGCACUAGGAGCCUCGACCUCCCUGGUCUCCCUUUCGAUAUCUUUGCGGACUUUGAAGCACCAAGCAACAUUCCAAGCUCAGUGGAGCACCUUUCAGAGGAUGACUCCCCGCCAUCAUAUACAUCGGCUUCAAUGUUGUCAACUGGAACCUUGGACAAAUCCUAAUUCGCAUUCAGACGAUAAAACACUGCCCUUUUUCCAUCUAAGAGUCCGGGUAACACUGACUCCCAUGCUGCUCACUGCGUUUGAGUCCCGAGGUUAUCAGAUAGAGAGUAGGAUUAUUGAUAAGCAAAGGC